AUGUUUAUAGAUAACAAGAACCUCCAUUACAACAUGUCACACAUUGACUUUAUGGUUAAAAACGGAAGAAUAAUCGAUCCCGCGAAUGGAUUGGACACAGUAGCUGAUAUUGCUGUCAAUAAUGGAACCAUCCUGUCGAUUGGCAAUAAUGCACAUUUUCUGGCGAAAGAGACUUUCGAUGCUGGUGGUUGCUUAGUAACGCCUGGUCUGAUUGAUUGCCAUGUUCACUGUUACCAGUAUGCUACACCAUUGGGGAUCAACCCCGAUGAGCAUUGUCUUUCGCGUGGGGUUACGACUGUUAUUGAUGCCGGGAGUGCAGGAUCUUCGACAUUCCAGGGACUACGAAAAUAUGUUAUAGAGAAAUGUAAAACACGUGUUCUGUCCUUUUUACACAUAGCACAGCAUGGACUGGCAGCAGCAGGGUGUGCCUCUGGAGCGCCUGGGGGAGAACUAGAUUCACUCAAUGCUGUAUCGGUUGAAGAAUGUACUAAAUGUGUAAUGGAGAAUCGAGAUGUCGUCGUUGGAAUCAAAAUUCGUUUAUCGGAUUCGAUUGCUGAUGGUGGUAAAAACGAAAUGGAAGCUUACAGACGGGCUAUACGUGCCUCGGAGAAAGCAGGAGUCCCUCUAAUGGUUCACCAUUCUAUGUCUGUUGUGCAAACACAAGUUGAUAAUGGUAGCGAAUUAGGAUGCCCCCGCGACCUGAGAGCAGGUGAUCUCUAUACCCACACGUUUCAUCCAUAUAGAUCAUGUAUCUUAGACCCAAGUACCAGGACUAUUCACCAAGAUGUCCUCAACGCGAGAGAGAAGAGAGUGCUAUUUGACGUUGGCCACGGGCAAGGCUCAUUUGGGUGGACAGUGGCGGAAAUAUGCGCGCAAUGCAACUUUUAUCCAGACACCAUUAGUACCGACCUUCACACCGGGAAUCAUGUUGGGCCCGCAUACGAUCUUCCUACAGUAAUGUCAAAGUUUUUACACCUUGGCAUGCCUCUUACCGAAGUCAUUCGUGCUGUGACGUCAACUCCUGCAAAGGCAAUCGGUUGGGAAAGUAAAAUAGGAAGUUUGACACCUGGGAAAGAAGCCGAUAUCACAGUUCUAAAAUUGAUGGAAGAUCCAAUUAUGCUGGAAGACUGCCAAUCGCAGGUUCGAGUUCUCGAUAAAGUAUUAAAACCAGUUGCUGUUUGGAAAGCAGGAGAUCUACAUAGGAUCACAGAACCCAGUCCAUUUCCGAAUCUUGAUGCCAUGAAACUGAAUUCAAGAGAAUGGGAUAAAAUUCUGAUAAAAGAUAAAAUCAGACCUGAAUUAUUGUAAAAGGAAGACACUGUUUGGAAGUUCAGCAAUUUUAAUUUUAGAUAACAAGGACUCAUUUAUUUGUAACGUUGUAAUCUCAGAACCUUCCACUUUCGGUAACUUUGAUGUUUUUACAUUUUUUCUUGAAAAUAAACAGGAACCUCAGCUCG